AUGUAUAUCAAUUUGAACUUCAUUUGCAAUAAUGAAAUGAGGCCUUUCACUUUAAUAUCUUUGCACUUCAACCACCUGGAGAUGAAGACCAUGAAUUCCUUCGAAUCAGCCUUUGAGCCCUUUUCAUCAGAAUAUUGUUGGGGAAAUUGUCUUGAUCAGUGUCAUGCUGGAAGCGCAAAAGCUGCAAUUGGUAAGUUCAUACAAUCACAUUGUAACCAAGACAAAAUAUCAUGAUGAUUAAGUGAUUGUAAUGGAGAAAAAUAUGAACUAGGGGAUUAUGAGUUGAUCCAGUUUAAAAUUCUCUGAACCAACAUCAUGAGACAGCAGACAGUAAAGAAAAUUAUUCAUGAGAUCUGGCAGUCAGAGAGGGUUCAGCAGGGCUAAGAUUUCAGAUGUUUUCUCAUACCCUUCAAUCCCUGAUAAUCUGUUUCUUAUCUCUUUAUCAGAGGGUAUGUCAAGACGUCUUGCUGUUGAAUGGGGCCCAGAUGGCAUUAGGGUAGACUAUGUUGCACCUGGUGCUGUGAAAGACACAGAGGGUUUUUGUAGACAAGGUAAAGAAUUACAGGGAAAGAAAUUCUGUACAUUUUACCUGCACCUAAUGCAAUUUUCAUAUCAUAUAAUUUUCAUAGGCUUAGAACAGGAGAGAGCCCUUGGCUGCAAAUGUGUUGAUUGCUAUGGUGACCAGAAACAAUUUUGGCAUCCAAAGUUUCAGAAAAAGCAUUCUGUAUUUGGCAGACAUGUGGAAAGCUUUUAAAUUCACAUUGUUAUUAGUAAGUUUUUAGAGUCUAAAGUUAGGCUAAGAUAAACAUUUGGUUACUUAAAAUGAAAUUAAUUGUGGAUAUGUACAAUUACUACAAGAAUACUUUUCCUGGCUGAAAGCUAGUCUAAAAAUCUUUCAUAAUCAAUUUUUAACAUUAAAUUUACCAUAAUCCCUGUUCCACUUACAAGUUAGUGCAGUUCACAAUUUUCUUUUACUUUAAGUCUAAAGGAAGCUUUAACUGUACUUCAUCUUCACAGGUGGCAAACAUCUUCCACCAAACUUCAUUGAGAAUGUACCUUUACAAAGACUGGUUUCUCGCCAAGAUGUGGCAGAUAAAGUGUAUUCUUUCUGGCUAGCAGUGCUUCAGCUUUUAUCACUGCAAACACACUCGUGGUAG